ACUCAUUCGCUCCUGCUCGCUGGCUGCUAGUGUCGCUAUGGAAGUGCGGGCUUUGACAUCACAUAUUCCUGAAGAAACUCUCCCCCGAGGACACCUAAAAGUCACGUAAUUCGCGGCGUUUCUGGUGAAAGCGUUUUAUUUUAAAGUGUGUUUUUUUUUUUUUUUUUUUUUUUUGUCGGCUGAUGGCGUAGUAGCAUGUUGUCCGGUUAGCUUCGGAGUUCUACCGGCUUCGUUAGCCCUGGCGAGCUAGCUAGCUGUUAGACCCUUCUAGAAGCUUCAUGGGACUAAAAUGUAUUUAAUUGGAGAGCAUAAUGGCGUCUUGUGGCACCCUUUUUAAAGGUUAAAGCUAACGGGCGCGGAGGGUGGUGAUGCAGUUAUGAACAAUAUUAGCUCCGUGUUGAAGCAGACUUUACAUAGCGAUGCUAGUAAGUGUCCCCAAGUCGGGGUGACAGCGGCUGACAACAACAACAAAAAGUGGGACUACGAGUGCUGUCACGACAUGAGCCCCAUGGACGACACCGUGCAGGCCGGGAUGUCGUCGGUCCAACCCGGACUGGACGCGCCACACCUGGACCUGAACCUGAACGAGGACGGGCUCCUGCUGGACUUCCCCCCGGCUGCCCCAUUCAUCGACGGCGACUCGGUGGAGUGCGGCAAUGGCGACGCGGUGGCGGCGGUGGUGGUGGGCCCGCUGUUCGAGAGGAGGAAGCGGUCUCGGUCCAACAGCUCCCGGCACCACUUCAGCGACGUGGUGGUGGAGCUCGGACCCGAGGAAGUGCGGUGGUUUUAUAAGGAGGACAAGAAGACGUGGAAGCCCUUCGUGGGACACGACUCGCUUAACAUUGAGCUGAUGUUUCGGAAAUACUGGGAGCUCAACCCCGGCGCGGCGUGCGGCGAGGAGGCCGACCGCGGCGAUGCACCCGUGGAAGAGAACGGCGGAGUACCGGUGGAGACGUGGACGGGCAGCGUCUCCCUGGAGACAUCCACCAACAGCAUGGAUGAGAGGGACCCUGGCAGUAUUGGCAUCAACGUGGAGCCUGUUUGUGUGCGGGGUGGACUUUACGAGGUGGACGUCAAAGAUCGUGAAUGCUACCCCGUUUACUGGAGGCAGCAAGACCACAUCCCAGUGAUGAGAGGCCAGUGGUUCAUUGACGGCACCUGGCUUCCUUUAGAGGAGGACGAGAGCGACCUUAUCGAGCGUGAGCACCUGAGCCAUUUCCGCGGGCAACAGACACAGGACACCUUCGAGACCGACUUGGUUGUCCGGACCGUCGACAGUCAAGAUGUUCUCUCCCACCUACCCCCUUUCUACCUCCCUUUUCUGUUCAAAUGGAGUGGAUAUCAGACGAGUGCUAAAGCAACAUGUCACAAGCGCAAACGCUGCCAAGCCAUCCACAGCUUGAAGUUGAGUCGGACCCACAUCGACUGGCACAGCGUGGAUGAGGUCUACCUCUACAGCGACGCCACCACCUCAAAAAUCGCUCGCACUGUGACGCAGAAACUUGGCUUUUCCAAAGCCUCCAGUAGCGGAACGCGGCUUCAUCGGGGAUACGUUGAGGAGGCCUCUCCGGAGGAUAGACCCCCUCAGACGACGCACAUUGUCUUCGUGGUCCAUGGGAUUGGACAGAAGAUGGACCAGGGCCGCAUUAUCAAAAAUACUGGAAUGUUGAGGGAGGGCGUGAGGAAGAUGGAGGAGAAGCACUUUUCGGAGCACAAUGAUGCACACGUGGAGUUUCUGCCCGUAGAGUGGCGCUCCAAACUUGCCCUGGAUGGAGAUACGGUAGACUCCAUCACACCUGACAAACUGAGAGGCCUGAGAGACCUUCUCAACAGCAGUGCCAUGGACAUCAUGUAUUACAACAGUCCUCUUUACCGAGAUGAGAUCACCAAAGGACUAACACAGGAGCUUAACAGACUCUACACACUCUUUUGCUCACGUAACCCUGAGUUCGAGGAGCGAGGAGGAAAAGUCUCCAUCGUGUCCCACUCCCUCGGGUGUGUCAUUACCUACGACAUCAUGACCGGCUGGGAUCCCGUACGCUUCUGCCUGCAGGAGCAUCACGCCGUGGAGGAGGAGCUGGACCUGCACUGGAUGUCCUAUGAGGAGAGGCAUCUCCUAGACCAACUGCGGCACACUAGAAAUAGAUUACGUGAGCUGGAAAAUCAGCUGUUAGCACUGGAAUCCUCAAAACCGUCUGCACCUCCAGCACUCAAAUUUAAGGUAGAGAACUUCUUCUGCAUGGGUUCCCCUCUUGCCGUCUUUUUGGCGCUGAGAGGGAUCCGUCCUGGUACCAGCUGCCACCAGGACCACAUUCUGCCCACUUCCAUCUGCAGCAGGCUCUUCAACGUCUUCCAUCCUACAGACCCUGUGGCCUACAGACUAGAACCCCUCAUCCUCAAACAUUACAACAACAUUGCACCUGUCCAGAUACACUGGUGUAGCGCCACCAACCCGACACCUUAUGAUGAGAUGCGACCCACUUCCCUAAACCUUGUUAAAGAGCCCACAUCCGACAUGGAGAGUAUCCCCAGCCCAAGCACCUCUCCUGUCCUGCCCCGUAGACACUACGGAGAGUCCAUCACCAGCUUAGGCAAGGCCAGCAUACUGGGAGCGGCGAGUAUCGGCAAGGGCAUCGGCGGCAUCCUCUUCUCUCGUUUCUCACGCUCCAACAGCCAACCUUCCGUCUCCAUAGCGCUGGAGGGCGGGGCCAGCCCCGAAGACGAGGAGCAGAAGCGAACGGAGAGCCAGUCGGCGUACGGCCUCUCCACCAUGGCCCGGCCCACCUCGCCCACCGCCGACACAUCACUGGAGCUGGAGCGCCGCGUGGACUUCGAGCUGCGGGAAGGUCUGGUAGAAAGUCGCUACUGGUCCGCCGUGACCUCGCACACGGGCUACUGGUGCUCACAUGACAUAGCGCUCUUCCUGCUGACCUUCAUUUACGGGCAGAGGACGACACCCUCUGACCCCGAAGAACAAAUCCCCGAGCCUGACUGAGAACUACAGGUAAAAGCCAGUAAAUUAGAAUAUUUUGAAAAACUUGAUUUAUUUCAGUAAUU